GAACCUCGUUGUGCUUUGUUAAGUUCGUGUACGAAUUUUGCGAUUCAUUGUUCUGGUUGUGGUAAUGUACCGGCAAUUCCAAAUUUUCGUGUGUCACAGAGAUAUAUGAAGAUUUUUGUAUUUUUACUCAGGAUUCUCGUCUGUGUAAGCAUUUGCUUCCCGGCACUCCAAGGAUUCAAGCAACAGAUUGAGACAGAGGCUUCCUUGAGAAUAAGUCCACAAUUUCAUCUUUACGGUAUUCAGGAGGAGGAACAAGCGGAAACGAAUCAACUACCAGAAAGAAAGUCGCCGAACGAAGAAAGGGGAAACAUACUUACUCCUUCGCUUACUAUUUCCGUGAGAGCAGAAAAAAAUAAACAAAAACAAGCAGCUGCUCUCUGCUACUGUAUAGCAGGAAAGAUGCAGGCUGAGCAAGGAAGCAUAGGGGAUCUUCAGAAAUACCAUAACAGAUAUUUACGGAAUAGGCGACACACCUUAGCCAAUGUUCGAUAUAGAAGUGACGUUAGAAAUAUCAUUCCGCUACCGAUUGCAAGCUAAAUUCUUAGACUGUGAAUGCUCACGUCGACUUUUUUUCACGACCAGAUUCUCAAAAUUUUUACUUCAUUUUUCC